AUGCUGGUGCUGCUGGUGCUGCUGCUGCUUGUUCUGGGACCCGGCGUAGCCUCCGAGAUCACCUUGGAGCUGCCCGACAAUGCCAAGCAGUGUUUCUACGAGGACAUCAUGCAAGGCACCAAGUGCACCCUUGAGUUCCAGGUGAUUACUGGUGGUCACUAUGAUGUAGGUUGUCGAUUAGAAGAUCCUGAUGUUAAUGUGUUACACAAGGAGAUGAAGAAACAGUACGACAGUUUUACUUUCACAGCCUCCAAAAAUGGGACAUACAAAUUUUGCUUCAGCAAUGAA